GCCAAGGCGGGGCACGUGGAAUAACUAAAUCACCCCCUGAACAAAUAUCAUGUAAGCAGAACACAUACAAUAAAAUGAAUAGACAUGGAUGCACGGUCAUGUAUCGAUACAGUAGUGAAUAUUCAACACAACACAACCAGACAUGAAGGUAUUGUUCUUAACAACAUUGGAAAUUAUCAAUGUUUACGUAAUAUGUGCUCAAAAAAAGAAGGUAUGCCUUAGGAAAGACGUGUGGGAAUUGAAAGAUGCCAUCAAAGACGAAGUAUCUGCCUUGGAAACUGCUAUUUCAACGCUAACGAAUAUUGCUUCUACUCAGGCAAACGUCGUGUCUUCCCUCUCGACUGAUAUAUCUACAUUAACAACAGAUGUGUCUUCUUUGAAAACGGAUGUAUCUACCACGAAAACGAAUGUGUUUUCUCUGACAACAGACGUCUCUUUCCUGACAACGGAUGUCUCUUCAUUGAAAACGGAUGUCUCUUCCCUGACAGCAGAUGUCUCUUCUUUGAAAACGGAUGUAUCUUCUCUAAAAAGAUAUGUCUCUUCCCUGACAACGGAUGUCUCUUCUUUGAAAACGGAUGUCUCUUUCCUGACAACA